UCCCGCCCGAUCGAUACUCUCUCUCUCUCUCUCUCUCUCUUCUCUUCUCAACUGGGGUUUGGGAUUGCCGGCGCCGGGGAGUCUCUCACCGUCGAAAUCGCCGUCUUCUCGCCGCCUCUCCGACGCCGGUCCGGUUUGUUUCAGCCAGCAGGUGGUAUACUUCUUUAUAUAUGGCCCUCUGUUACAUUUACUUGGUUACAAGUUAUGCUUUUCCAAGCAGUUUUCGACACUGAAAGUGUUCUUCUGGACGGGAUACUGAAGAUCAUCCUUUUGACCGCAUGGCUAAAGCCUAGUGGUGAAGAAGGGGAAGGACUUUAUGAUUGUCAAUGGUAUUUACUCAAGGUCUUCGGUGGAGGCUCUUGGAAUAUUCUUAUCUGGAAGGGAAGCUGCUGCUGUCAUGUUUUGGGUUCAUAUAUUUGUUGUCUUGACUCUUCACAAUGUAUGGGUCCUGGAUUCUUCUCUGCCUCAACGUACUCUUCAAAACAUUCAGCAAGCUGUGGCCAUGCCAUUUUGGCAAUAGCUAAUGUGGUUUUAAGCCCCUUUGCAUGGAGCUACUUGACUUAGGUGAUGUGGUUGGAACUCAAAGUCAAGGUCUUUCACACGAACUUAUUAGUUUGCUUCCAACUUCCAAGUACAAAUUCAAAAACUUCUUGCUGCCAUAAUAUCUGUUGCUUUGUUGCAAGGUGAGAAUGAAUCUAGUUAGACUAUUGAAGGUGUGUCUUGUGAUGCAGUUGAUAAUAAAAGGCCGUAGUCCCUUGUACAUGUAACUGUAGUAAUUUGUGUAGUCCUCUACAUUUUCAUUUAUUUGUACAUGUAUGAAAAUAUCAUGGAUGGCAAAUGCUAUUGAUGAUUACAACUGUUAUC